AUGCAAAGCCAGCAAGCUGCUGUCCAGCGACUUGGUUCUAUUCGAUCGUCCAUCUCGCAGAUUCUAGUCUCUACCUCGUUUCUUGUAAUAGGACUCUCAAUUUAUGGAUUUCUACCUGGCACUCUGGUCCGACCAAGUGGAUCGUAUUGGGGAAUUUACCGCAUUAUUAUUAAUGCCAUUAUGGCUGGUAUGGCUCACCGUCGUUGCAUCACCAAUUUCCGCGGAAUAUUCUAUAUUGCAUUAAACUCUGCUGUGGAAUUAACCGCCAUUGGAAUUAACUUGAGAAACAAUAUGAUGAGCGACAGUGGAUGUGUAAACGAUACUCGAUGCAAUGAAGAUAAAUAUGGCGAGGGUGUUAUUCCAAGAUACACCAGCAUUGCUCUUUUCGGAUUGCCAUGGAUCAUUAAUGUCGGAUUAGUGAUUUCAAUUCUAGUGCUGCUUGCCAGGGAAGACAUUGCAAGAAAUACUCUUUGGCCGCAAGGCCAAGUUCCUAAUGCCUACAAUGUUGUGUCUGUACCUACCACGAUCGUUACUAAUCCGACCCAUGGCCCGGUCAAUGGGAUCAUUCAUGCUGGCCCCAUGACUGUUGCUUUUGGACCAACUGCACCAGCAAUGCCUCCAUCUAACCUUGGAUAUCCACCUUUACAUCAACCGUAUUCACCACCACAACCCAAUGGGAAACCACCAUCUGAAGCUGCCUCGCCUUAUUUCAAAAACGAUUCCUCAUUACCUCCACCAUAUGAAUACAAUGCAGGCUCAUCGUCUGGUCCUCCACUGCCACAACGACGGUAGCAAAUCUUGCAGAGUUUCAUAUAAAUUCUGAUAUUCCAGCAACGAUUACUCGUUAAAACAGUGACGGUUCAGUCAAUAACAAUAAAUAAUGUGUUGCUGUGGCCAAUCC